AUGGUCGACCUCCGAGCCAGUAGCCGAUCUGGUGCACCGCGGACCCCCGGAGACGAUGUUGCAGCUCUGGCAUCUGGCCCAUCGACCCAGACAUCCCGCCAUCCAUCACCACGCAAGAACGGAAGAGUCUUACCAACACCAGACUCACUCUCCCCAUCAACAUCAAAGCAUUCACCCCGUCUCCCACCCAACUUUGAGCCGACCCACCAACUACCCCCUGCACUCCCUUCACGAUACUCGUAUCCGCCACAAUCACCCUACCGCCCUGGUCAGUACCAGCAGUCGGAGUGUGCACCUUCAGAGCGCACUCGUAUCGGCCGUGCCGGCACUAGGCUAUUCCAGGAGGACGACGAUGGCAACGUGCCCACCAGUGACGAUCUCGCCAGCUCUUCACCACUCCAGCCCGCAUUUGAGCCCAAGAUGGUCCUGCGUAACGGGGCGAGUGUCGAUCUCAUCUCAUGGCUCCGCACAAACUUCCAUCACCAGCCGCCGCCCCACACCCCGGUGACCUCGGUGAUGAACCUGAACCAUGUCCAGCGGCUACUACAGGAGCGCUUCCCUCGGGUACCCGACCAGGUUGAGUUGAAGCGCGCCGUCCUCGCCGCCUUCCCUCACUCACAAUGGGACGAGCCACUGCAGCACUCGGCACCGGAACCGCCGAUCAUGCGUGGCCUGGCAUGGAUCGGCCGGGACGUCGCAGAAGAGGACGAUGACACGCCGGGCCGCACCCGGCCGAUCCAACGGCGCCCGAGGCUAGACGCCAACGACAAUGGCCAGAGCCGGAGUCCUACAAACUCGCCGCUCCUGUCACCAGACUCGAGCAGCACUCGUCGCGCUAUGCCCGACACGCCUGCCCGCAGUGUGCUAGAUGAAUUUGCCGAGAUUGUCACCCGCACUCCGGGAGUCAAGGAGCGCAGCCUCGAGCCGCUCACCCUCCCUCUUCCCGCCCACGCGCCGACUGUACCCCAGUCCGUAGACCGAUCAUGGAGAAAGCGGCCAGCUUCGCAGUCGCCGGGCCGGGUCCGGAAGCGGCGCGCGUCGACCCCCGACGCCCUGCAAGAACUGCUCGAGGCUGCGGAGGCCAUCGAAGGCAGCCCGUUAACCACCUCCAAGAUGGAGCGUGGCGGGCAUAAGCGACGGCGCACAAUUGCCGGUGGGUCCACUACGCAAGACUUCGCCGCUGGUCUCUCGUUCGCCGCGCACCGCGGGCGUAGCGUGCGCGGGACGGCGUCGCCCCAGAUCGCUGGCCUCUCACUUCUCAACUCCAAAGAGGCAGAAGAAGACGGCCCCGUAUCGCCCCUUGCGAGCGAGGAGAGCCACGCUUCCCAGCUCAUCGCAAUGGGCCAGGGACGGUGGGGUCCCCGCGGCGGGUCGUCUAGCACCUCCCAACUCUCGCAAGUGAGCGAGGUAGCUGCCCCGGCAGUUGCCCCGAAGGGUGCCGGCCGAAAGGUCAACGAGCUUCCCACCUCGACACAGGGCCAGUUCCCAGGCUACGACUGCAAGCCGCCGUACCCGUAUCACGAGAUGAUCCGGUUCGCGAUCGAGGCCGCGCCCGAUAGAAAGCUCCAGCUCGCGCAGAUCUAUAGCAGCAUCGCUGAGCGUUUCCCCUUCUUCAAGACGCUUGAUGAGAAGAAGACAGCCGGGUGGCAGAACAGCAUCAGACACAACCUGAGUCUCAAGAAAAUGUUCGUGCGCGUAAACAAGGCAGACGGCACCGACGAGGGUGGCAAGGGCGGGUGGUGGACGGUCCAGCCUGGCGUGCCGGAUGAGGGGCGACCUGGCCGCAAGGCCAAGGCGAAGCGCGCCAAGGCCGAGGCCGAGAGCGGGCCUGCUAGUUGGACCAGCACAGCAGUGGGCACGCCCGUCCCGCCAGGCGUCAAAAUCGCCCCGUCGCCGGCACCGAGCGUCGCGACGCUCCCGGGCCCCACACCACGGCCAACACCAAGCCCUGCCGUGACGCGCCUACCAUUGCCAAAGCUUGAACAGCACAAGCUCGAGCCUCUUGGGCGGCCCAUCGCACCCAUGGCCCCGCAGCCACUGGCGCCGCUUGCGCCACAAACCCAGGGCCAGAGGAAUCCUACCACUGCACUUGCCCCGAAUGGCGCCCCCAAUAUCGCACCAUACCCCCGCGCACCAACGAUGAGCGCAACAGCCGGAGACCCGUUUGUUGACGAGAAGAGCUCCUAG